AAAACAAUCAACAACAACAAAAAAGUUAUCAUCCAAUUAUAAAUCUUGUAAUCAAACUGUGUUUCUUGGAAGGUAUUGUUAGCGUAUAACAAUGUCGUCAGAGCAAGCAAGAAGAGAGAAGGUGGUGAAGGAGAGGGAAGUUGAAGUGGAGAAGGACAGAGUCCCGAAGAUGACGAGUCAUUUCGAGUCAAUGGCCGAGAAAAGCAAGGAUCACGACACACACAGAGAAAGUGGUGGGACACACUUUGUGUCGCUCUCGGACAAAGGGAGUAACAUGGCGGUUUCUGACGAAGGAGAAGGGGAGACGAAGAUGAAGAGGACUCAGAUGCCUCACUCUGUUGGAAAAUUCGUUGUGAGCAGCGGAGACAAAGAAGGGACGGUGAAGAAGAAAGAGGAGGAGAAAGAGAAGGCGUCGCUAGAGGAUAUUCAUGGUUAUAGAGCCAAUGCUCAGCAGAAAUCGAUGGAUACGAUACGAGCAGCAGAGGAACGGUAUAACAAGGCUAAAGAGAGCUUGAGCCAUGGCGGUCAAGAGGCUCGUGGCGCUAGAGGAGGAGAACAAACGGAGGGUAAAGGGCGAGAAAGUGGUGUCCAUGUUACUCACGUUGGGGCGGAUAAAGGACGGCAUGGUCAGGAAUCUUCUGCGGCAGAGAGGGAACGAAGAUCGGGUGGUGGUCAGAUCCAUGGAGGCGGAGGAGCUGCUGUUGUCUACGGCCAAGAAGCACCUGGUAGAGUAGGACUAGAAGUAUUGGCGGGAAAGGGACGAGAAGAGAAAGAGAGUGGUACCCAUGGCUUUCAUGGGGACAAAGCUCGUCAGGCUCAGCUUUUGGCUGCUGGAGGUGACGAGUUAAAAGAACGGAAAGGUCAAGAACCACUUGGUCAAGGUGCUCAAAAAGCGACGGAGAUGGGAAGAGAGAAGGGAGCUGCUGCUAAAGAUACGACGAGUGAGAAAGCUCAAAGAGCUUCUGAUUACGUGACGGAGAAGGGAAGGGAAACUGGAGACGUGGCGGCUCAGAAAGGUCAAGAGGCAAAGGAACAAGCUGGGAGAGCCAAAGAUUACAGUGUUGAGAAAGCUAGUGAGGCCAAAGAUACUGCGGCUGAGAAAGCUCUGAGAGCUAAAGACUACACCCUGCAGAAGGCUGCUGAAGCUAAAGACACUGCGGCUGAGAAAGCUCAGAGAGCUUCUCAGUAUGUGACGGAGAAAGGAAGAGAAACAGGUAGCACGGCGGCUGAACAGGCUGCAAGAGCAAAAGACUACACUUUACAGAAAGCUGUUGAGGCCAAAGACAUUACGGCUGAGAAAGCUAAGAUAGCUUCUGAGUAUUUAGCGGAGAAAGGGAAGGAAACUGGAAACGUUGCCUUACAGAAAGGACAAGUGGCGAAGGAACAUACGGUUUCAAUGACGGGAAAAGCGAAAGACUACACUGUUGAGAAAGCCGGUGAAGCGGCUGAGUAUGCAAAAGAAACGGUGGUGGAAGGAGGAAAAGGAGCAGCACAUUACGCCGGAGUGGCUGCUGAGAAAGCGGCUGCCGCUGGGUGGACGGCGGCGCAUUUCACCACCGAGAAAGUGGUGCAAGGGACAAAAGCAGUUGCGGGUACAGUGGAAGGAGCUGUAGGUUACGCAGGGCAUAAGGCGGCGGAAGUGGGAUCCAAGGCGGUGGAUUUAACUAAAGAGAAAGCUGCUGCGGCUGCUGACACGGUGGUUGGAUACACAGCUAGAAAGAAAGAGGAAUCUCAACACAAAGACCAAGAAAUGCACCAGGGAGGUGAGGAAGAAAAACGGCCAGGGCUUGACACAGAACCAAGGAGAGGCUAUGGAGAGGAGUACGGGGAAGAAAGAGGUAGCGAGGAAGAUGUCUUCGGAUACAGAGCAAAAGGUAUGUCCGGAGAACCGAGGAGAGGCGUCAGGGAGGAGUAUAGAGGAGGAAGAGGAAGUGAGGAAGAUGUCUUCGGAUAUGGAGCAAAAGGAACUGCAGGAGAAGCGAGGAGAUAUGGUGGGGAGGAUGAGUUAUUCGGAGGAGGAAACGAGAGAUAUGUCCAAGAGGAAGGGGCUGGUGCGGGAGGAGUGCUUGGGGCAAUCGGCGAGACUAUAGCUGAGAUCGCGCAGACGACCAAGAACAUAGUUAUUGGUGAUGCGCCGGAGAGGACACAAGAGCAUGGAACUACUGAUUAUAUGAGACAAGAACAUGGACGACGUUGAUAAGUCCAAAGAAAAGUGUGUUUGGGUCUUUCUUUUGUUUAUCUGCUUUUGUUUUUUGUAUGUAAAUAACAAGAAGCUCUGUUCCAAAAGAGUUUUCUAGUAAAUAAAACAAAGCUCUGUUUCAUGGUUCGAAGUUCAAAUUGUCAGUUCAGAUUUGCUCUCACUUUUGAAGUGAAUGAAAUCUCUUCUCAAUAUGGUUUUGUUAUUCUCA